AGCCACAGCCCUCGAUCAACAUUCCUCCAGCGCUCCCGUUGUGCUCCAUUUUCCUUGUUCAUGAACGCCCUUGAGGCUCGACCUCCCUCUUACGGUGAUUUUGCAUUUGCACGAAAGCUGAUUAAUAUUUCCAGCCUCCUCGCCUCGUCACACCCACAGCUGCUAUUGGUUCCUGCGUGUCGCGCAUCCUGCACAAGUAGCGCGUCUCGCGCCCCAUCCCGCUGAACCCUCCGACGCAAGAUCUGCUAUAGCCGCACUGCGACUCAUCUUGGAUCAUGGCCUCUAUAAUGCAGAAGCUCAUCACUCCCCUGGCCUCCAGCUCUGAGCCCCCACGGAACAAGGUGUCUGUAGUGGGUGUGGGCCAGGUGGGCAUGGCCUGUGCCAUCAGCAUCCUGUUGCAGAACCUCUGUGAUGAGAUGGCUCUAGUGGAUGUCAUUGAGGACAGACUGAAGGGGGAGCUGAUGGACAUCCUCCAUGGAAGCCUCUUCCUUAAGACUCCCAAGAUAGUUGCUGACAAAGACUAUGCUGUGACAGCCAACUCGCGCCUGGUUGUGGUGACAGCAGGUGUACGACAGCAGGAGGGAGAGAGCCGUCUAAAUCUGGUACAGAGGAAUGUCAACAUCUUCAAACACAUUGUCCCCCAGAUAGUAAAGUACAGCCCGGACUGCAUCAUCCUUGUGGUGUCUAACCCAGUGGACAUCUUGACUUAUGUGACCUGGAAGCUGAGUGGCCUGCCGAAACACCGCAUCAUUGGCAGUGGAACCAACCUGGACACUGCCCGUUUCCGGUACCUCAUGGCGGACAAGCUCUGCAUCCACUCAAGCAGCUUUGAUGGCUAUAUCUUGGGAGAGCAUGGGGACUCCAGUGUUCCAGUGUGGAGUGGCGUCAACGUGGCUGGUGUGAACUUGCAGAAACUGAACCCUAACAUUGGCACGGACUCUGACAAAGAGAACUGGAAGCAAGUUCACAGCGAAGUUGUGCAAAGUGCCUAUGAGGUGAUUAAACUCAAGGGUUAUACCAACUGGGCGAUCGGAUUCAGCGUGGCGAACCUCACUGAGUCCGUGGUGAAGAAUCUCAGCCGUGUCCACCCCGUGUCCACCAUGGUGAAGGACAUGUAUGGCAUCAGUGAAGAGGUGUUCCUGAGCCUCCCCUGUGUGCUGAACAGUGCUGGUGUGAGCAGCGUGAUCAACAUUACCCUCAAUAAUGAGGAGACUGACCAGCUGAGGCAGAGUGCCAGCACACUCUGGAACAUCCAGAAGGACCUGAAAGAUCUGUGAUCUGUAACCUGUAGGGGAUACCUGGGGUGGGUGCACACACCAACAUGCAGAUUCCUUCUCCAGCUGUCCUUUUGUUCACUUUCACACUCCUGCCCUUCUUGCUUUAUCCCUUCACCCCAGGGUUCUUUUUUCCCCCCUAUUGAGCAGGAUUGUGGGUGUUCUGUGUAUGUACUUUUUUCCCCUUCCCCCCCCCCACCUCCCUCUUUCCCAAUAACAGCCUGAGUGUGGUAUUGCCAGGCCCUUUCUGUGCAGUUGGCUAGCUGUUUUCCUAGCUGAAUUUGUCAUUUUGCAGUGCAAAUCUGUUCCAUCUCUGCUGCUCACAAUUGUAGACCACAACUGGGAAAUAUUCCUUCACACUUGCAAUGAGUCAGACUAGUUUUAGUGGUGAUGAAGAAUCUGAAUCUCCUCUGCAAGGAGGGACCCUGCUGUUGCAGCCUUCAGCAAGGUACUUUAACCAAAAGGAUUAGAUUAAAAAUCAUUGCUGCCUAAACAAGUACAAAUUUUAGGCUGACUAGCAAUUAGUGGAGAGCAGUAUGGGGAGUAGGCUUCAAUUCUUAGCCAGGUAUGGUGUAUAACAUCUUGGUGGAGGGCUGUAUGCAAAUUGGAGAACAUCCACAGAACACUCUACAGUCAUACUGUGUCAUGUUGGUGGCAAAAAGCUAAAUAAAAUAUCGAGC